GGGCUGCGUCUGCGCGCCUCCAGAGCGCCGGAGGCCAGUUUUGCAAGCUUUUUCUCGAAACUCUCUUUGUUUCGCGUUAUGUGAGGGUUUCCUCCCGCUGGUCCGGAGUCAGGAAACUGAGUUUGGUAUCACAGAAAACUGGUUUCAGGCAGGAGAUGAAAGAGAUGCAGGUUUGAUCCCUGCGUCAGGAAGAUCUCCUGGAGUAGGAAAUGGCAACCCACUCUAGUACUCUUGCCUGGAAAAUCCCAUGGACAGAGGAGCCUGGCAGGCUAUAUACUCCUUGGGGUCCCAAAGAGUUGGACACGACUGAGCACUCACCUUUACCUUAUACAUCAUUUAUAUGUUUCUUCCUCUAGAUUAGUUUUUCUUUUUUAAAUUAAAGAGUUAGUACCUUAUCUAUCCUUGUAUCUUCUUGAAAUAUAGUAGUAGUUGAAGUAGUCAAUAGUUUUUAAAUGGGUCAUUCAUUUCGGUUGCUGCUGACAUAUUAAAUUAAUUUCUUUAAAGGAACUUCCAGGUGCAGUUAAUUUUGUUGAUCAUUGAUAUUUAUUAGAUUAUAGUGGCUGUCUUUUUGUAUAACUCAGAAACCUGUGGAUUAACAUGUAUAGAAAGUAACUGAUAUUUUCAGUCUGGAAUAGAUAUGAGUGAUUUCAGUGAAGAAUUGGUAAGACCCACGACAGAGGAUGAACAGGGGGAACCAUGUGUGCGCUCUGGUUCAGGAAUGUGUUUCCCUUGGCUCCAGACUCAUAUAGAAUCCAUAGCCUCUGGAGGAAAACAGGAGAAGGAUUUUGCUCAGACAACAAGCGCUUGUUUAAGUUUUAUCCAAGAAGCUCUGCUGAAGCACCAGUGGCAGCGAGCUGCAGAAUACAUGCACAGUUACCUUCAGAUUUUGGAAGAUACGGAUAGCAACAAAAGGCAGGGUGCACCCGAGAUUAUUUGGAGGCUUGGAAGUGAAAUUCUUUAUUAUCAUCCCAAAAGCAACGUGGAGACUUUCAAUACCUUUGCUGACCGGAUGAAAAAUAUUGGCAUCACAAAUUACUUGAAGAUUUCCUUACAACAUGCAUUAUACCUUCUGCAUCAUGGAUUGCUUGAAGAUGCAAACAGAAUUCUCACCCAGGCAGAGACAUGGCGAUAUGGUGAAAAGUCUUCUUCCCAGGAAGUGUUAGUCAACCUCAUUCAGGCCUAUAAAGGGCUUUUGCAGUAUUAUUCUUGGUCUAAAAAGAAGAUGGAAUUGUCUCAACUUGAUAAAGACGAUUAUGCUUACAACACAGCAUCCCAGAAUAUGCUCAACCGCAGCUGGAAGACGUCUGUAAACCUUUGUACAUUGAUUCAAAUUCCUGGAGUUUGGGACCCUUUUGUGAAGAGUUAUGUAGAGAUGCUGGAAUUCUAUGGGGAUCGAGAUGGUGCCCGAGAGGUGCUUAACAAUUACGCCUAUGAUGAAAAGUUCCCAUCAAAUCCAAACGCUCAUGUCUACUUAUACAAUUUUCUAAAGAGAGAGAAGGCACCCAGAGAGAAACUGAUAAGUGUGCUUAAGAUUUUGUAUCAGAUUGUACCAUCUCAUAAACUGAUGUUAGAAUUCCAUAGGUUACUGCGAAAAUCAGACAAGCAAGAACACCAUAAACUGGGAUUGGAGGUAUUAUUUGGAAUUUUAGAUUUUGCUGGAUGCACUAAAAAUAUAACUGCUUGGAAAUACCUGGCAAAAUAUCUCAAACAGACUCUAAUGGGGAGUCAUCUUGCCUGGGUUCAAGAAGAGUGGAACUCCAGGAAAAGCUGGUGGCCAAGCUUUCACUUCAGCUACUUUUGGGCAAAAAGGAAUUGGAAGGAUGAUAAAACUUUGGCUUGUGAGAAAGCUUUGGUAGCUGGGUUAUUAUUAGGAAAAGGUUGUAAAUAUUUUCGGUAUAUUUCAAAGCAAGAUCAUCAAGUGUUAAAGAAGAAAAUGAAGCAGAUGAAGAAAUCAGUGAAAAAAUACAGCAUUGUAAAUUCAGGACUCUGAUACUGAAUUUUAGUUAUUUCAGAUUAGUAGCUACAGAGUAGUAAUUCAGUGAUAGUUUUAAGUGUAUUUAUUUAUUUGGUAUUUUAAGGAAGUAGUUUAUUUGACUACAAAAAGUUUGUAUACUUUUUUAUAUAUUUUUUUACUAUCAGUUAUAGCUAGAGGAAGAGUCUCAUUUGUUCUUUGUAAGUACAUUUUUCCCUUUUGUACUGUUAAAUGUAACAUUAAGUAAUAAUUCAAAUAAAAAUAUAUUUGUUUAAUCUGAGAAUAUAGCACUACAGCAGUUACUGCAGUUUGCAGCUGAUUUGCCUCUGACCAUUGUGUAAUAAAAUAUAACUUGUGGGACUAUUAAA